AGAUACACGAUCAUCAGAUCGUACUUUCGUGAAAGUGAUUACGAUAAAAUUCACAGCUUGAAAUAUAUGAGCGUCUCGCCGUACGAAUUUAGGAGGCGACAAAGCCGGUUCGAGUCCUAUUGUCCUCUUUGCUUGUACUACGAGAACACGAUGAAGACUUCAGGACCUCCGGAUCAUCGAGGCACGAUUCAGUUUAGGGAACACUUCUACUGGAUUUGUCCGCAACAUACCGAUGAAUUUAUUCAAAACCCACAAAAAUAUCUUCCACCAGCGAACAAUUCGUAUCCACCGGCAGAUCGUCCGCGAAUUUUAACCGAAACGAUCGACUUGCAACAUUCGUGUUGGGCUAGACGGUUGCAAGUCAGAGGAUUUUGCCUAGUAACGUACUUCGAUGGAUUACCAAGUCGCAAACUUGUACCUGGCAAAAUAGUUACAGCAGUUUUGUACAAAGACAAUCUAUACCUGUUCUGUACGGAAGAUUGCCGCGAUAAAUUUAUCGCGCAACCCGAUAAAUACGCGAACGUUCAAAUGAAAUUUUUAUAUACGAUGCCAACGAUCGACGUAAAAUCUCUGCCAAAUGUUGGUUUCUUGGAACAAACGGUUUCACGUCGCGUACCCGUUCCUGACGCAAGAUUCGAUUACCUGUGCGAAUAUUUUAAGCCAGCUAGCAAAGUUCCAGCUUUCUUAAAUGUCGUGGAUAUUGCUGGCUUGGUCAAAGGUGCCGCGGAGGGACAAGGCCUGGGAAACAAUUUCUUAUCGCACAUCAACGCUUGCGAUGGGAUUUUUCAUCUUUGCCGAGCGUUCGACGACGACGACGUUACUCACGUGGAAGGAGACGUGAAUCCCGUGAGAGAUCUCGAGAUAAUUAGCGAGGAAUUACGGUUGAAAGAUAUCGAGUUUUUAAAUGGUCAUCUGGAGAAGUUGGAGAAGCUCGUUGUCCGAGGAAACGACAAGAAACUAAAGCCUGAAUACGAUACGUUAUUGAAAGUGAAAGGUAUAAUGGUGGAUGAAAAGAGGCAUAUCAGGUUUGCCGACUGGAGUGCUACUGACAUCGAGGUUCUCAAUAAAUAUUUAUUCCUCACGUCAAAGCCAGUCAUUUAUUUAGUUAAUCUGUCCGAAAAGGAUUACAUACGUAAGAAGAAUAAAUGGUUAAUCAAAAUCAAAGAAUGGGUUGAUAAGAACGAUCCAGGAGCUAUUUUAAUCCCAUUUAGUGGAACUUUCGAAAAUAAACUUUUCGAUAUGGAUGACGCAGAGCGUGCGAAAUAUCAAGAAGAAAACAAAGUUACUAGCGCGCUUGACAAGAUUAUCGUUCAAGGAUACAAAGCGUUGCAACUACAGUACUUCUUUACAGCGGGACACGAUGAAGUGAAAGCAUGGACGAUUCAGAAAGGUACAAAAGCACCUCAAGCUGCUGGGAAGAUUCACACAGAUUUUGAGAAGGGAUUCAUCAUGGCUGAAGUCAUGAAAUUUGACGAUUUUAAAAACGAAGGAUCGGAAGCAGCGGUAAAAGCCGCCGGAAAAUAUAGGCAACAAGGACGAAAUUACGUCGUCGAAGACGGAGACAUCGUUUUCUUCAAGUUUAACGCUGGUGCCGGAUUAAAGGAUGCAAAGAAAAAGUGAUGGCACGUUUUACUCAUGUUGUUGCUCGUUCAUUUGUACAUCAACAUGAUCGCCAUGUUUUGUUGCACGCGCGAUUUGCGCAUGAAAAGAUCAAAAUCGCUUUCUGAUACUUCUUAAUUUCACUUUUCGUUCAAUUUAAGAUCGUAUAAUAUCAUAGUUGGUAUCGAUAGUAACGUUUUUAUAGCAAGAUUUCGAAUUUGACUCAAAUAGAUAUUUUUAUAUGUUCUAUUAUGCUAUAAAGAUAAAAUAUCCUAUGCUUAUACGAUCAAGGUUAUUUGUCAAUUCUAUCGUAUCAAUGUUGGUAAUUACGUAUAGAUAGUACAUAUACCUUUUCUUUUAUUUUAUACAAGAUCUUAAUGACGGUAACUUGCAUUUCUAAACAACAAUAGAUGUAAAUAAAUGAUAUGAGCUUGAUGAUAUAAUACGCUGCUUUCUACCACUCGGAAUAAUCAGUAAACCACAAAUCACGAUCAUUGUACGUUUUCUAAUGUUUCUUUGUAUAUUUCCAUAUUUAUUCUAAAUAUAUUUCUUUAAAAUAUAA